AUGACCCCACCAAAAAUGCUGGGGCUGGACAGUGCCCAGAUGGACAUAACUGUCCUGGAGAUGAAAACGACCCCACCACAAAUUCUGGGGCUGGACAAUGAAAAUGAUGUUACUUCUGCUAGUAGUCAAUCCAAUACCACUUCAACUUCCACAGUGCCAACUAGUGACCAGCAUGUGAGUCCAGGCCCACAUGAAGCUGCCCCUUCCUCCACCACAAACUCAGCUACAGCUGUAGAUUCCCAGUCAGCCACUGGUGUCUCUGAUACUGCAAUACCUGUGGCUGUUGGUGCAGAACCUAUGCCAGGUAGCAAUGUACCAAUACCAGCAGCUCCAGUAUCCAUGCCACAAGCCACAGUUUCCAUGCCAUGUGUUCCAGAGGUCUCACAGAUUGGCCAUUCACCUAUGUCAGCUUCCUCACAAGGUGCCCAAUUGACAACACCUUCUGGUGCACCAGUUAAUACAGAGGCACAACAUGCCAUCCAAGCUACCAUUGCCAGCACUGUGUCAGCACCAGUAAGUAUGGAAACGACAAUCUCUCCUGCUGUACAGACAACUGCAUCUACUACAGAGCAUGUCGCUCAGCCUGUGGUAACUAAUAUGCCACCAUCUGUACAACCUGUGGUGCCCUCUAUGGGCCAGGUAGAACACCCGGGGGGAAGUGAGGUGAAGGUUGAGCCACAAGGGUCUACAGCAGUUGGUGAGCAGGGAGUAGCGCCAGGGCAAGUUAGUGAGGAACCAGGACAGAUAGAACAGAAAGUAGCUUCAGGAACUGAAAUACAAAAAUAUAUAAAGACGGAAGCAGACUUGACUGUACCUCAGACAUGCCAGGAAGAGACCAAACCACCACCAGUCCUAGCUGUUGCCACAACACCUCAUUCAGCUGUACCAAAUACCACACAUCCUCCGAUGCCAUCUGCUGUUGCAAUCUCUGGAUCUGCUGGCACCAAGCCUACAACCAAUGACAUGAUGUCAUCUCCAGCUGGCAUGAUGCCCACCACACCUGGCAUGAUGCCAGCCUCAAAUACUUCAAUGUCCAUGGCUACUGGCAUGAUGCCCUCUUCAGGUGCAGGGCCUACUUCAGUUGGUAUGCCAACCAGUGCAGCACAGGGUAUGCAUAUGGUAACAGCUCACCAACAGUAUGGCAUGCCACAUUCUAGCAUGCCACAUACCAGUAUGCCACAUACCACAGCGAGAGCAUCUACGCCACAGUCUGCCGCAAGCCAGCCUCCAACUGUCCAAUCCAUGCCAGGUAUGCCACCACUGUCCAUGAUGCAGGGGAUGCCAAGACCUGGCAUGCCAGUGGCAACAUCUGGCAUGGGAGCCACUCCUCAUCCUGGCAUGGGCCCUGGCAUGCACUUCCCUCCUGGGAUGAGACCCAGAAUGAUGCCCCCAGGUAUGCAUCAUCAGCCAGGACCCCCCUUUCCACCCCACCCAGGACAGUCCAGGAUGCCAGGGUCAGGCAUGGUGCCUCCAACACCUGGCAUGGUACCUCCAACAUCUGGCAUGGUGCCUCCAGGCCAGCAGCCACAGUUCAGUCCACAGAUGCCAGGUGGCAUGGGAGCACCAAGGAAAGACAAGCCAGUGCUGCUUGAAGAGCAACCGUUAUUACUACAAGAAUUGCUUGAACAGGAGAGACGGGACCAGCAGAAGCAGGCGGAGCAGCAGGUGUUGAUACAGAAGAGGGACAGCGGAUUGAUGUCCGACGCAGAGUUUGAGAAACGCAGGGCUGAGUUGGCCAUCACUGAGAGCAGGCGGCCCCCCAUGCCAGGACCUAGAAUGCCAGGCAUGGGCAUGGAAGGGAUGCCAAGACCUGGUGAUCAGUGGCAGGGGCCUAUGGGUGGCCCCAGGGAGGGGAUGUUUCCACCUCCAUACCCAGGCCGCCCCCAGGGACCCCAUAUGAUGCCCAGAACCCCCUCACCCUUUGGUAGCUCACCAGCAGAGGGAGGCAUGGGACCCCGCCCACCUCCUCCUCAAGGCACAGAUCCUCUCAGUGAGGCGGAGAGAAGAGAACAAUACAAGUACGAGGAGUGGUUGAUGCAGCAUGCCCAUCUGCUCAGUAUGCAAGUCAAAUAUCUGGAACAGCAGAUAGCUAAACAGAGGAAGACAAAGAAAUCUAUACAAAACAAGCAGAAACAGGCCCGUAAAGCUGGGGCAGAGCUGAAGCCAGAAGAACAGCAGGACCUGGACAAGGCCAACCAGGAGAUCACCCUUGUCCAGAAACAGCUUGACCAGGUCAGAAAACAGCAGAGACAACACCAGACUCUCAUACAGGAGUACAGGCAGAAGCAGCAGGAACGGUAUGGUGUGAACUGGCCAGCACCCACCCCUCCCACUAAGCCAGGUCAGAAUCCCAUGGGGGCACAGCAACCUCCCAUGAUGCAACAGCCCAAUCCCAUGAUGCAGCUGGGCCCAGGUCACAUGAUGCAGGGUCAAGGUCACCCUAGACCCAUGGUUCCCGGGUCACCCCAGAUGCAGCAACCACCUACCACCAUGAUGCCGCAGCCGCCAUCUUCCAUGAUGCCACAGUCCACCACUGGCAUGAUGCCACAAUCAGGAGCUGGCAUGCUGCCACAGCCGCCAGGAGGUAUGAUGCCACAGUCGCCAAGUGGCAUGAUGCCACAGCAGCCGCCACCUGGUGGUAUGAUGCCACAGCCACCACCAAACAUACCCCAAGGUCAACACGUCCCUGUAUCUUCAUCUGCUGCAGGACCAGGGAUGUCAGUUGCUCCCCCUAGAAUGCCAGGUCAAGGCCAUUCCGCCAGGCUAACAGCAGCGCAGAGACAGGAGUAUGACCAGUACAUGCAGCAGCGCCUUGGGCUCUUGAAUCAGCCUCCCACCCCUACACAGCCGUCAUCAGCGCCAGCACCAUCUACUGCAGCAGCGUCCCAGCCUCUCCCAGCAGCACCAGCGGCCGGCACCACCGUGGUACCAUCUGUACGUGGGAUGCAGGGACACCAUGGAGAUGAGAACAACCCAUUCAGUGACACGUACAUGCAGAGAGAACAUCUGGUGAAGAUGCAAGAAAGGCACAAGCAUCUUGAACAACAAAAACAGCGCAUUCUGCAAGAAAUGGAAAAACAUGGCGCGCUGACCCCAGAAGAGAGACAAAAGUUCAUCCAGCAAAUGCAGAUGUUCACCCAGCAAGUGGGUAUUCCAGAUCCAGGUCAAGGUCAGGGCCAAGGUCACGGGUUCCCUGGUCCCAGAAUGCCCCAGGAGGGAAUGCCCAGGUUUCCAGGGGAUCCUUCCCAGGGAAUGAGGCCUAGGUUUCCAGGGGACAGUGGGUUCCCAGGUCCAAGGAUGCCAGGUGACCCAGGUGGUCAGUUUCGGCCUCCAAUGUCGGCUGACCAGCAGCAAUUUAGGUCACCAUUGGACAGUCCUCAUGGACAAGUGAGGUCACCUUUCAGUGGUCAGUUAAGUCCUAGCACUAGUAUGCCGCUACCUCCACAUUUCCCGCCAAGUGACAACUUCCCACAGUUCCCAGGGACAGAGGAAAAAACCAAGAAAAAACGUAAAAGGAAGAAGAAAGACCCAGAAGAAAGUCAACCACCUCCGCCGCCCGUGCCAGAUGUCACACAGCAGUCCAUUGAGCAGAUUCUUGCCUCCAUACCAAAGCUUCCCACUCCUCCUCCUGCUGGAAGUAUGGGCCCAGUUGGAGGUCCGCCGCAGCGCACGCAGAUGUUGGCCAUCCCGGGGCCCAUCUGCACUCCUUCUGUGUUCUCCAUGAUGCAGAAGAAACCUCAGGCUACUGCAGCACCCUCUGGUGAGCAGGAAGGAGAGAAAACUGAAGAUGCAGAUGCAGAGAUACGCCCAGAGCUCCUAGAGCUACGGGAACCUGCGAGAGAGGAGGGAUCUGCUUCCACCCCCGACACCAUCUCAGGCAGCGGCCCGUCCACUCCGAUGGGACGGACCUCACUGGACGAUACUCUGGACGCUGUGGCCUCUGGUCACUUUGACGAGAAGAUGUACGAAAGAAAAGAAACAUAUCGGCCGCCCAGUGCGGCGUCACAGGAUAGCAGUGGAUAUGGUCAAGGUCAGGGUGGUCAAGGUCAAGGUGGUCAAGGUCAAGGUCACAUGGUGUGGCCGUCCUCGUCCCUAGACAACACCUUGGACAGCACCCUAGAUGCAGUGGCUGCUGGGCAGUUUGACCAGACCCAGUAUGAGAGAAAGGAGGUGUUUAUAGGAGAAAGUGUGAGCUUACAGGAUGAGAGUGAUGAUCCAGACAGUUCUGCCACCCAGAACCUGUUACUGAAACAGCUGUUAGCCACCACCCCCAGGGCAAACCUACCCCCUGGGGCUCUGGCUCGAAGGAUGAGCGAGAUCAGUGGUUUAUUUAUGCAGGAUGACAUGGACAUGGUCAACCUGACCCCAGAACAGCGGCGCCAGCUGGAGGAGAUCGACAACAUGCCACUGAUGCUGGAGAGGGAAAUAUCACAAGAGGAGUGGGAUUGUCUGCCGGAGGAGGAGAAAUUUAGAAUCAAAGAGUUGCAAAGGCAAAUGCAAAAGUCCAAAGAAUUGCUCUCACCGGCAUCCAAGCUCAAGAAAAUGAAAGGCAAGAAGUCACCAAAAGAGGGCAGCAGCAGUAGUGGCAAAGAUGGGCCACCCAAGAAGAGGUCAAGAAAGCCCAAACCUACAGAAGACUAUGAGCAGUAUAUCCAGGGUAUCAUUCAACACUUGCGCACCAUGCCAGCAGUACAUCUACAGGAGCCAGAAGUGGCGGUCAAUCACAGCUUGUGUCCAGCUUACGGCAGUGGGGAGGUCAUGACAGGAGAGAAUCAGCUUCGUGGUACCUUUGGUUCCUCUCAGGCUGGAGAUUUCCCUGACUACUAUGGCCAUUAUCCCUUCACAAAUGUCCACCCCUUGCCUUUGGCUCCAUCUGGUGGGCACAUUUCACGCUUCAUGACAGAGAUCGCACAAAGGCGACAGAUGAUGGGAGAGAUUGCCAAGCAAAACCAAAGAGCUGGUGACCAGCAGCAACAGCAGCGUUAUCGCCUCCUUCCAGGCACCAGUGGUGCAGCAGGAGAGGGCGGUGCAGCAGGAGCUGAAGAGGGGGCCACUAAGGAGCCAGAGGCCAUAGCGAGGCUCAUCAGUCGAGCUGGUAGCAUUACAACCUUUGCACCUUCACCUGUUCCAUCUCCCCCCAUCAUUGGACCUAGACUGGAUAUACCUUCAAGGUUGAGCAACACCCCGAGUUCCAUAGUGUCAUCCUCGUCUCCAGAGAACCUGGAAGAGGACGUGAAGUACCCUGCCCUCAGGGUGAUAGACCCCGUGGAUAAUACUCAGGAAGAUAACAGGACCUCUCCUGCCAUACCUCUUAUCAAACCCACUCCUGUCAGAGCCACUCAAAUGAAGGUAGAGAAAGAAGAAAUGGAGGCAGAGGUUAAGAUGGAGAAGAUGGAGUCUGGGCCGGCAUCACAGGCACUGGCACAGAUUAUAAAGGAUAAAGAAAAUAUGGAGUUGAUGGCAGACAAGCAAAGUAUGGCUAAUGAAAAAUCUGAAUCAUUAUCAUCCGUCCUUGGGAAAUCUUUUGCUGAUUCAGUGGAGAAACAGGUUUCUGUGACCUUGACCCUGUCUGCAGCAGCAGCAGAAGACAUGAGUGGUGUCAUUGCGCGGUUGGCUAAUCUGCUGAAGAUUGCUGUUCCACCAUCCUAUGAAAUCAGUCGGAGCCCAUCACCUGAUCUUUUCAGAACUGGAAGAAAACAUCGCGAGGAAGCCAUUAACAUUCAGACCCUGAUCAAAGCCAAGCAGAAAUACUGCCGCCAUUGUGAUGUCCUCGUGCCUCGUUCUGGCAUCCAGAAGAAGGUGUCGGAGAUGCCGUUCCUGAGUAAAGAGGAGCAGGAGUCCCUGGACGAGGAUGAUGUGAUGUUCUGUAGCAUGAACUGUUAUAUGCAGUUUGCCCUCAGUCAUAGGACCUCAGCUGGGACAGCAGAAUCUAAGGAGGCAAGUGACGUAGUCGAGUACAAAAGCUCCUCUGCAGUUCAAGAUGACGCCAAGCUUCCACCUCCCAGCAUCCCAGCCUCUCUCUCAGUGUCACUAACAGAAUCGGGAACUGGGGUGGUCAUCAAGAAGGAUGUGAAAGCCCUAAAACACCGGCGGUCAAGCAGUAGUCUGGACGGUGUGCCUGCUACACCAAAGCCUUUGGAGAAGAAAUGGCGUGGCAAGUGCUACAAACAUUGGGAACCUAAGAUGGUGCCCAAGGCACAAGCCUACACACCUCCAUCUGAUGAAGAGCUCACCAAGCUGAUCAGGAAAAUUGCACUGGCUUUGGUCCCCAACCCAGUUCCCGAGGACACCAGGAAGUGUGCUUUUUGCCAUGAAAAGGGGGAGGGAGAGACGGACGGCCCAGGAAGACUUCUUAACCUGGACACAGACAAGUGGUCGCACCUGAACUGUGCACUCUGGUCGCACGAGGUCUACGAAACAUGCGCGGGUGCUCUAAUCAAUGUGGAUGCCUCACUGAAGCGCGGAAUGACAUUGGAGUGCGUGCUGUGUAAGAGGAGCGGGGCAACACUGGGAUGUUUCAAGGUGCGAUGUACCAACAUCUACCAUGUUGGGUGUGCUCAGAAAGAUGGUUGUGUCUUCUUCCAAGAUAAGACAAUCUUAUGUCCAGUUCACAAGCCUAAGGGGGUGAUAGAAGGGGAACUAAAAGAUCUCACAGUUUUCAGAAGAGUGUAUAUACAAAGGGAAGAGAGCAAACAAGUGGCUAGCUUUUCCAGGAUCGUUCACCGCCAGGAUACCCAGCAUGCUGUGCGUAUCGGCUCUUUAAUUCUUCACAGCGUAGGUCAGCUGCUGCCCCACCAGAUAGCGAGUGGGAAGUUCCACACGCGGGACACUAUAUAUCCUGUUGGAUUCCGUAUCACCAGGUUCUACUGGAGCAUGCACCACCUGAAGAAACGCUGCAAGUACAUGUGCAGCAUCUCCGACAAAGACGGGCAUCCCGAGUUUGAGGUCAAGGUCAUGGAAGAGGGAAUGCCAGAGGUCGCUUUCAAAGAGGCCACGCCUAAGGAGGCGUGGAUGCACCUGCUGACACCUAUGGAGAAGAUGAGGAGGGACGCUGACCUCGUCAAGAUGUUCCCUGCUUAUAUGGAUGGAGAGGACCUGUUUGGACUUCAUGAGCCAAUCAUCGUGCAGCUUAUAGAGUCUCUCCCAGGCACAGAUCUGCUGCAUAACUACAGUUUCAAGUUUGGCCGCAGCCCUCUGAUAGAGAUGCCUCUGGCCAUUAAUCCCACUGGCUGUGCCAGAUCAGAACCCAAACUCAGGACACACUUCAGGAGACCUCAUACCCUCCACAGCAGUAAGACCCAUUCCCUCCCCAGUACAGUGACCGGAGUGACCAGUGAGGUGGACUCUCCAUACUUCAAGCAGUUUGUCCACUCCAAGUCUCAGCAGUACAGAAGGAUGAAGACAGAGUGGAGAAGCUUGGUUUACCUGGCUAGGUCAAGAAUUCAGGGCCUUGGCCUUUAUGCUGCCAGAGACACUGAGAAACACACAAUGGUGAUAGAGUACAUUGGGGAACUCAUCAGGAACGAGACCGCAGAGAUGAGAGAGAAGAUCUACGAGGCCUCGAACCGUGGUAUCUACAUGUUCCGUAUCAACGAUGACACAGUUGUUGAUGCUACAAUGUCUGGCGGCCUUGCACGCUACGUCAACCACUCCUGCAACCCCAACUGUGUAGCGGAGGUGGUGCCAUUUGAAAAGGAAAGCAAAAUCAUUAUUAUUGCCAAGAGAAGAAUUGCUACUGGGGAAGAGCUCACAUAUGACUACAAGUUUGACUUUGAAGAUGAACAGCACAAGAUCCCCUGCUGUUGUGGAGCACCUAACUGCCGCAAGUGGAUGAACUGAAGAGGUCACCACUUUUCAAUACACUACCAACAUAGAGUUAGAACAGAAAAAAAUGUGAUUUGGACCAGUUCUGAUUGAUAUUUUUUAAAAGAAAAACAAGGAGAACAAUGAAAGGAACAAGAACAUCCUUGAUUUCUAAAGGAGAUUAUGUGAAAAGAAUAAAGAAGGAAGAAGAGUGAUUCAAGUUUGCAAUCAUUGGAGGGUAUUUAAAAAUUCAUAGGGCCUGUAUAUAAGCUGGAAGAAAACCCAGUCAACUCAGUGUGAAUAUUGGCCACAAAACAUGCUGCAUUUCACAUCUGAUGUUGAUUUAUGAAAAACCAGUUUGCCACAAAAUAUCAAUACUGUGGCUCACCACGGACAGAUAAAAUGCUACAAGGGAGCUAUGGUAUUGUCUAUGCCUGUCAUAAUUCUGGAAUACCUCAUUAUUAAUCACCGAGUUAAUGUAUGUCUCCCUUGGAAGAGGGCAAGAGGAGUUGGAGACAUGAACUUAAUUAUGUUAUUUUAUCUCAAAAUUGUGAAUUUUAUGAUAUUGCAAACUGCACAAUAUAUGAUCAUGCAAGAAAACAGCUGUCAAGCGCGGUAAAGCUCCAGUGAACCUUUUUUAGAUAGUCUGUGGCAGAAGUUCAGUCAUGAGUAAUUGAGAAG